AUGAUAAACAGUCGGAGUGCCAUCUUUGUACGACGAGUUCUAUCGGUGCCGCAUGUAUCUUUAGCAUCGUCUUCAACCUCAGCUAAGCAGGUGAAUGCAGUUAAGAGAUCCACUGUUGACGAUGUUACUCAAAGCUUGCUCUCUUCAACAAGUAACGUCCCUAAGCCUCUUUCAAGGAUAGCUGCUGCUCUGAAAAUGAAAUUCAAAAAAGAUAAUAUUGAUCCUUCUUUAAAAAUAUUGUUGGAUGGUGCUUCGGCUAAACUCUACUUUGAUUGUGCAAAUAACUACAACUAUGAUAAACUAUGCCAAACGUUUGGUUUGCCUGACUAUAUGUCGUCAUGGUUCAAACUCACUCUGUUACAUACAUGGAUGGUUCUAAUGCGUCUGCACAUAUCACUUGAUGCAGAAGCAUAUCUUAGGAUUCAGCGAGGUAUACUAUCCUCACUAUGGUUUGAUGUUGAUCAACGCUUGGAAAUUGUUGGAAAAGAGAUUAAUCAAGUUCUAUCUUCUAAAUCUGACAUACAACGAAUGCAUGGUCUUCAUUUACAAACAUUUUUGGAAUAUGACGAAGGGUUUCUUCAUGAUGACAGAGUGCUAGCGGCUGCUAUAUGGCGAUGUUUGUAUUUGGAAAGAGAAUGCGAUCCUAUCCAUGUUCUUCGGGUUGUGAGCUACAUACGUUCAUCAAUGGCUUGGCUGGAUUCUAUGGAUCUAAAUGACAUACUUGUUGAUGGCAUCAAAGAGUGGAAGCAGUUGAAACCUACAUCAACUUUAGGUACUCCGACUAAUAAAGAUGAUUGA